AUGCUCUUUCACCACCAGGCAGGCGAUAACGACAAGGUGAACGAAUGGGUCCGACUCACGAGCACAGACGGCUACGAGUUCCUCGUCAAGCGCAAAGUCGCGGCGUGCAGUGGCACCCUCCGGAAUUCGCUCAGCGCCGAGAGUCACUUCUCCGAGGCCUUGUCAAAUACAGCCCAUACCAACGAACGAGCUGUCAUCGUCGAGAAGCUGUGCGAGUACCUGUCUUACAAGUCUCUCUACGAGAGCGCGAAGAAGAACGAGGAGAUCCCCGACUUUCAGGAACGCGUCUACCCGGAGAUUUCCCUCGAGCUGCUCGUCGCUGCGGAUUAUUACGAUGGUCUGUGUCGUACUUCGCGUUUCAUCGUAUCGCAGCUGACGGCUUCUGCACAGCGUGAUACGCCGCUGCCUGUCAGUGUGGACCCACUCGCGCCGCUGAGCCACUGUUCCGUAACUCAUUUUACGUAG